CUAUAUGUAAUAGUUACAAAUUUUAUAAUGCAAAUUGACAUCGAACAUUGUUGAUCAUAAUAAAUGAAUUAUUUGUGAAAGUUAUCACAAUCGAUUAAACUAUUGUGUAUUAUCUCAACUAAAUUUUACACAAUAGUUUUAGUAAAAUUUAUUUUUUAACUUGAUUUUAUUAUUAAAUUAAUUAGUACAAAAUAUUUGUGUAAUCCUAUUCUAUAACACUUACGUAAAUUAUAAAUACAUUAUUUAAAGCAUACAAAGGAAUAGUUAUCUCUUAUAUAUAAUUAAAAAUACUUAGUCUUCUGUAAUUGUAAAGACACUAUGUAAUUGAGUGAUACCAUAUCAUUUAAAUAUACAUAAGUAUAUAAUUAAAAAUACAUAGUCUUUUGUAAUUAUAAAGACACUAUAUAAUGGAGUGAUACUAUAUCAUUAAAAAAUACGUAAGUUUUAUAUAAUUAUAAAGACACUAUGUAAUGGAGAGAUAGCUAUUUCAUUACAGAAGUGUAUGCUUCACAAUUGUGUGUGAAGCUAUGUAUAAUAACCUAAUAUGUAAACUAUUGGAGAUGGAGAUGCAGAUGCAGAUUAUAGGAAGGAACCUGAUCCUUCUCCUGAUGCACUAAGGAAUCUAUGAUACGACAACGUUUCCCUCAAAAGCAACAGAGGAGCUGAGUAGAACGCAGUUGUAUUAGUUAGUGUAAAGGGGUCUUCCGUUUUUACUGUAGAUAGUACACUUGUCCUUUUCUUAUUUGUAGGUAGAGCUUUGUUCGUUUGUUACCGUUACCCUGAGGUAAUUUGUACAGCUGAGUCUCCUUUCUUGAGAAGUAGACAGAGUAUAUAAAAGGGCCUUGAGCUACCAAAGAUCCCUUGCGGGUUCUUUCACAAUACCACCAUUGUUUUGUCACAUGGUAUCAGAAUCUGAUUCUGAGAACUAGGGUUUCACCUUCCGCCAUACUCGCAUUCUUUCUCUCUAUCUCUCUAUCUCUGUUUUUCUACCUUCUUUGAUCAUGGCUACUGAAGCAUCUUCAAAUUCAAGCUCCAGUACCACUGUGGCUACUCCACCUCUCACUACAGUCACAAACCCUUUCUACAUAAACCCUAAUGAAGCUUUAAGCUUCCCCAUCAAGCUCACAGGAACAACAAACUACAACCUAUGGAGCAGGACAGUCCGGGUUGCUCUAAAGAGCAAGAACAAGCUGGGAUUCAUUACUGGGUCUAUUCCUAUUCCAGAUCCUAAGGAUGCAAGUUAUCAAUCCUGGGAACAAAGCAAUACAACAGUCUACUUCCUGAUUCUAGGGUCUCUUGACCCAAGCUUGGUGAACAUUGUCUCUUCUCAGGACAACUCCAAGCUACUCUGGGAUGAUUUAAGACAACAUUAUGGUCAAGCUGAUAACAUCAGUAUCAGUGAUCUCCAAACAGUUGUGUAUACUCUUAAGCAAGGAAACAAGUCUGUUAAUCAGUUUUACUCUGAGUUGAAGGGUUUCUUGGAAGAAUUAGUUCAACUUCUGACAAUCCCUAGUUGUGAAUGUGGAGGAGAACAUAGGGAUAGAAAAGUUUCUUGUGUUACUGAGACUACAGCGAAGAAAUACCGAGAGAAUGAGUUUGUUACUCGGUUUAUAACUGGUCUGAAUGAGACAUAUGGAGGAGUCAAGACCAAUCUAUUAAUGAUGGUUCCAUUGCCAACUAUGGAGACAUCGUUUCACUAUGCUAUCCAGCAUGAAAGGCAGGUCUCUAGGCCAGGACAACAAGCUCAAGUUGACUUUGUGGCCCUCUUAGCCAAUAAUCAAGCUAAGGGUAAGGGAAAUGCUAAGGGAACACAAGGUACCUUGUUCUGCAGAUAUUGUAAGAAGGAUAACCAUGUUAUCUCUGAUUGUUAUAAGCUGAAAAGGAAGAACAAGGAAACAGGUUCUUCAUCAGGAUUUGCAGGGCAGUUACAAGGUAUUGAGGUGUUAGGAGGAGGUAUUCUUCCAAAGCCAGAAACCAGGACCUUGCCUGAGACCACUGAUAGUUUCACUAGUAUCACACUCUCUAAUGAUGACAUUGGCAGGCUUCAGAGAAUCCUCAAUCUGUUUGGAUCCCCCAGCUCUCCAACUUCACUUGGAUCUCCUGGAACAGCCCUUACAGGUAGGGGUGGAAAACAAUCCGGUCCGGUCAAAACCCGAACGGAUUGACCCGGGUUUUUAAAACCGUUUUGAUCAAUACUACAACCGAAGACGAAAUUGGAUAACAUCCGGUUUUGAUCAAAACCGGACUGGACUGAUCCAGUUUUAACCGAAAAACCGUUUGAAACGCAAAGACACUAGAUUUAUUAUUAGAAUAAAAAAAUCAAUAACCCCCCAAAUCCCAAUCCUCACGACAAUCCUUCCCUCUCAUUCUUUCUCUCUCUCCUUCCAAUUUUCAGAGAUUUCCUUCCCUCUCGUUCUCUCUCUCCCCUUCCAAUUUCCAUCUCUUUGUUUCUUUUGGGACAAUAAGAAAGCCAUCUCAUCCCUUCUCUAUCCUAUGUUCCUUCUUAAAUCCUAACCCACAAACAAACCCGAGAGAGGCAAAAAGGGGGAAAAAAUCCAAAACUACCACUGUUUAAAAUUUUUUUUACAAAAAUACCACCCACUCCCAAUAAUUUCCAAAAAUACCAUCGUUUAUUUAAAACCACGCCUUUAAUGGGCGGUUUUAAUUGAAACCGCACCUCCUCGCAGCGGUUAUAGCACAAAACGCGCCUCCAAGGCGCGGUUUGACCUUGCAUGGCUGUCAAAACGCGUGGCCACGUGGCGGUGCAUCAAACCGCGCGAUGAGGGAGCGAUCUGACGGCCAAACCGCGCGCCAGCUCAGCGAUACGCGUCGCUCAGUCAAACCGCUCCCCUAAAGCACGGUUUGACUGUUGGGGAACGCAAACCGCAUGCUGGAUGCGUGGUUUUAGGCGGGGUAAAAGGACGAAACAGCCCCUCCCUCACCCGGUUUCGUCCCUAUAUAAACCUCCCUUCCCCCUCCCAUUUUCUGCACACCAAACCCAUUCCCCCCUCUCUCCCUCUAACUUCUCACUCUACCCACUCCCCUCCCCACCCAAAAACCUUAGAAUUAGUUAUUUUGUUGGUUGCGGCUAAGUCCGAUCUGCCUCCAAAAAACUUUUUCUUUGGUUUUCACUAAAAAACCGUCGAACCUCUGUCCGAAUUCCGAAAAAAUGGCCGAUUUUGCCCAAGAAGAGGGCCUUUUUUAUGAUGAUUAUCAAACGCUACGUACUCAUUUUUCCCAAUUGUUGUUGUUGUUGUUGUUAUAAUGAUUUAUUUAAUUUAUAUACUAAUUGAUUUAGGUUAUUGUUAUGCUAUCGUAGGUUGGACUGGAUGUUGAUAUUUUCAAUCAACGAUAUUAUGUUGAUCAAGGACCGAUUGAUCCGACAGUUUUAUACGAUCAAGCAAAUCAUCGUACAAGAGACGUUUGGAACGACCACAAGGUACAUAUUAUUUAUCAUCACUUGUAAUUUGUAUUUUGUUAAAGUAAUUUAUUUGUUUGUACAAUAAUUUACUUAAUUGUUAAUCGUAUUGAUUAUUUUUAAUAAUUUAAAUCAAUACAAUACAACACUUAUUUAGACUCUUUAUAAAGAAAUGCAUGUCUAAGGAAAUGGGGACUUAAGCGAUCAUCAUGAUCCCCCCAUGACCUGGGAAAAUCGGGUUCUAAGCGAUCCUCGGAUCCCCCCCUUUUCUGUCAAAAAGACUGUGUUUCUAAGGAGAUGUAUAUCUCUCAUAAGAGUCUUACGAGUGUACUGAAUUAUUGAAAAUAAUCAAUAUGAUUAACAAAAUAAUAUAUUUAAUUUUAUGUGUAUGUGUACAAAAAUUAAUUAUACUUAAAUUUCGAAAAUUAUUUUAGUUAUGUUAAUAUUAAUGUUUAUUGGAUAAUUUAUAUUUCUCUAAAACAAUCGUGAUUUAAUUAAUAUUGCAUCUUAUAAUAUUAUUUAGUUAUGUUAAAAUUAAUGUUUAUUAGAUAA